CUCGUGGACGGUGUGCAAGCAUUCGUUAAAAGCCACUAAAAAGUUCGGUCGGCAGUGACACAUUGGGGCGCGUAGAGGUUUUUCUGCCGCAGGCGAUCAAUUGAUCGAUACGCAUGUAAAUGCGGUGCGUGUGAUUCGUUACUUUUCGAUGUGUCCGCUAGUGAAGGGUGCUGAGUAUAAGUAGAAGUGAAAUUUUUUUUUAGAAAGUUUCGUCGCAAUAAAAAUGGCCCUGUAUAGAAUCAGUCGGGCUUGUUUUCGACAGCAAAUCAGCCCCCCGCGAUCGGCGAUCGUGGCCGGAAGUGGCAUCAGUGCUUACAGGAAAUGGUGUGAAAUCCGACAAAUUAGUUCUAGCUCGGCGGCAGGAGAAAAACUGGCCCCUGCCAAAGCAGUUCAGAAGCAUGACUGGAAUCGAGCCGUCAGUGAGGCGGAGAAGAUCGUGGGUUAUCCGACGUCGUUUCUCAGUCUUCGCUGGUUGCUCAGUGACGAGAUUGCCAAUGUAGCACUACACCUGCGAAAACUGGUCGGUAGUAAUCAUCCGCUGCUCAAAACUGCAAAAACAUUAGUUUACAACGACAAAAACCAGCAAGCAUGGGGUCUGAUCGUACUGCUAGUGUCGAAAGCCGCUGGACAUGCAGCUUCAAUACCGGAAAUGGACCAGGACAAAAGUGCCGGAGUUCUGCACUCUCAGCGUGCACUGGCAGAAGUUACGGAAAUGAUUCGUACCUCUCAUCUCAUUCACCAGGGAAUGAUCAACCUGCAGUCGAUGGACAAUGCUGGAAACAAUCUCAGUGGAGACAGUGAGAUGAUAUUCGGGAACAAGAUUGCACUACUCGGAGGGGAUUAUUUGUUGGCCAACGCAAGUCAACAAGUUGCCAAUUUGAGAAAUCAAGAUCUUAACAUGCUCAUUUCAUCCGCUUAUCGAGACUUAGCCGAGUCGAAUUUCAUUGGCGACCGUGACGAACAGAACAAUCCUUUGCCUUCGAAACCGAAAUCAACAGUAAAAGGGAAAUCGUCGCCGGACUGCAGUCUGGAUGAUCUAGGCUUCGGAGAUCUGGAAGAUAAUACUCAACCGAUGAAUGUGGAGAAAGUACUGGGCAAUCCUGAGAAGGAGUGGUCACUGAGACAUGUGCUAGGCGGUGGAAGCCUGCUCGGUAAAAGCUGUCAGGGCGCUCUGAUUCUGGCCGGACAGCCGGAGGAACUCCAGAAACAAGGAUAUCUGUUUGGAAAACACUUGUCGCUUGCGUGGCAGGCUUGCAUAGAUUUGCAACCGUUUCUAUUGAGCUCGUUACCGCAAGGUGCACAGUUCAGUUUGGUUUCCGCUCCCGUUCUGUUCCAUUUGGAAUACGACCCGUAUAUUUACGAGCAGAUCGAAAGAGGCCUCAGUUCGGUCGAAGAAAUUGACUAUCGGGAGCUGCACCGGGCAAUCGGAACCGGCCCAGGACUGGAGAAAACAAAUAAUCUCAUGAGAAAGCACAGCCGCGCCGCGAUGCAGGUUUUGGAUCGACUUCAGCCUUCGGACGCCCGAACCGCCCUGCAGAAUAUCAUCCUGGCCAUGCAGGAGUUGUAACGGUCGAUUCGAGUGAACAAUGUGCAGCUUAAAUGUGUCAGAUGUCGCUGCGAAAAGUUGGAAGGCGGAAAGUCGGAUCGAGCUACGUUGCAUAUAGUUCUUGCUAAAAUAUAAAAGUGUAUCGUUAUCGAGGAGUGAAAAUAAUUUAUUAAUCAUUGACUGAAAGCAACGAAUGUACUGUGACGGCUGGUCAACGAAAGAAGGAU